AUGACCAAGGAAACGCUCUUCUACCAGUUUGCCGUAGAGUCCCAGGUCUUCUUCAAGUCCAAGUACACCUAUGCCUUAGUCAACAUCAAACCCUUGGUGCCGGGCCACGUUCUUGUGGUGCCUCUCAGAACUAGCGUGCUUCGAUUUGGCGACUUGACACCCUCGGAGUCCACCGACUACAUGAACUCGUUGCAGCUCAUCCAGGGACUCAUACGAAAAGUGUAUAAAGCAGACGCUCUCAACAUCGCCAUCCAGGAUGGGCCUGAAGCUGGCCAGUCGGUUCCCCAUCUCCAUACUCACUUGAUUCCUAGGUACAAGACUGACGGGUACGGCGAUGGGAUAUACCAGAGAUUGGAAAAGACAGACUUGGCUGCUGCAUAUGAGGACUUUUUUGCUAGAAAGGAAGUGUUUCAGAAAGAAGGCGGGUUCAAGGCCCCAGACGACGCCUCAAGGAGCCCUAGAAGCGCAGAGGAAAUGGCCAAGGAGGCGGACUUCUUGAGGGCGGAGCUUGAAAAGUACGAAGCUGAGGUUGCUGCUGAGAAUUAG